AUGGCGGCGGGAGCCGAGCGCGGCGCGGCGCUGCCCGCGGAGCCGCCGCCGCUGAGCGCCGAGGAGGUGGCGAGGCGGCUGGCGAGCACUCGCCGCGAGCUGGGCAACCGCCGCAAGAUCCUGCUGCGGAACCUGCCGGCCGAGAGCAGCAGCCAGGAAAUCCACGACUUGUUUAAAGAUUAUGAAAUCAAGUAUUGUUACGUGGACAGGAAUAAAAGAACAGCAUUUGUCACCCUGUUAAACGGGGAGCAGGCCCAGAGCGCCAUCAGGAAAUUCCACCAGCAUUCCCUGCGUGGCAAGGAGAUCUCCGUGCAGCUGCAGCCCACAGAUGCUCUGCUGUGCAUCACCAACCUGCCCCUUUCCCUCAGCAUAGAGGAGUUUGAGGAACUGGUGCGUGCCUAUGGCAAUGUGGAGAGAUGUUUCCUGGUGUACAGCGAGCUCACCGGCCAUUCCAAGGGCUAUGGCUUUGUGGAGUACAUGAAGAAGGACUCUGCUGCCAAGGCCAGGCUGGAGCUGCUGGGCAAGCAGCUGGAGGACAGCACUCUGUUUGCACAGUGGAUGGAUGUGAACCAGCUGACCACAAACCUCAUUCACUCCAAGUGCCUUUGUGUGGAUAAAUUACAAAAAGACUGUGCUGAUUCGAAAGAGCUGAUGCAGGCUUUCUCCCUCAAGUACAAACCUGUGUUCUGUCAGUUUGCCCAGGAUGAGGACGGUGGCAGCGGGGACUUUGCCGUGGUGGAGUACGAGAGCGCCGAGCAGGCCGAGAGCGUCAGAGGGGCCAUGGACGGGGUGACCAUCAACGGCAGGAGGGUCCAGGUGUCCUUCUGUGCCCCUGGAGCACCAGGCAGGAGCACCUUGGCAGCUCUGAUAGCAGCACAAAGGAUGAGCUCAGUUCUGGGGAGCACCUCCAGCCUGCUGCUGCAGAACCCUGCUCACCUGCCCCUGCCCCAGCAGCAGCUCCUGAAGAUGGAAAACAUGCAGGCAAACAGUAAACCAGGUUUGCUGGGAGAACCUCCAACAAUGCUGCUGCAGACAGUGCUGGGCAUAGGGGUGAUGCCAGCAGUGAGCUCAGGCCUGGCAACUCGAGGAGAAGCUCUCAAGUCUCGUAACGCAGCUCCCAUUGCAGCAGCAGGGAUGGGCGUGCUGCCCUUCUUCCCGACCCAGCCCGCUCUUGGACAGGCUCUGGGCGGCCCCGGCGCUGCUGCAGACAAAGGCGAGGCCGUGCCGGCAGCUCAGCCCUUCCCUCCGCCGCUGCCCGGCCUCCCCGGCGGCUCCCUGCGGGCCCAGCACGCCAAAGCCCCCGGGCACAGCAAGAACUGCGACUCCAGCCUGGGGACUCCCUUGAAAAAACAGACUUCUCUGCUUGGGGAGCCCCCAAAGGAAAUUCGGCUGAGCACCAACCCCUACUUGAAUUUGGCAAGUGUUUUGCCUGGUAUCUGCCUGCCAGCAGCAAUUGCCAGCAAAGCCUCCAGUCCUCCACAGCAGACCAGCCUUCCAAACAAUGUCCUGGAUGCUGCUGUGGCUCAGGGAACUGCAUCACAACAUGCAAUGGAAAAUUAUUUCAGUUAUUCCCAGCAGCCUGGGGAAUACCCACAGGUGGCCCCGAAGCGCAGCUCCUCGUACCUCGUGUCCUCCCCCGAGCCCGGCCCCGUGGAAUUCCCGGCUCGUUAUUCGGAAUCCUCGCUGAAGAAGAAGCGCGUGUAUUGA